AUUAUUAUAAAUUUCCUUGCAUUAUGCAAUGUGCAAUAUUAUAAUAAUGUAGCGUGUAUUUGAUGUACUAUAAUGAUACAGAGUGUUUUUUACCUUUCAUUUUGUACAAUGUUGUAAAUGCGCCAGUGUACCGUAUUUGCAAGUAGAAUCCAGCGUAGUGAUUCAAUAUAUAACACGUAUCAAAAUCGGCGAAAAACACGCGUUUUCUUUUGUGAGGAAGGAAAAAAAAAAAAAAAAAAAAAAAAAAAUCAAGCUUUGAAAAAUAAAACAGAAUUAUUAAAACAGGGAGAAUCUGUUUGUAACAGACAGCCGCGUUUGUGCUAGCAUUGUGGCAUUGCGCAUCGGGCUUACUGUUAGUACAGUCUGCAUUUUAUAUCAAUUGAAAUGCGCCACCAAAUACUGCCUUAAAAACAAGUGUGUCCGGGACUAGAUCACCGAGUCUUUCUCCAGAGUCCCGCCCCAAGAACCAGCAUUUUGGAUUGUAUGUCUAAGUAUAGACGCACUUGUAAACAAAGCGCUUGUUUAUCAUCACGAGGCUCGCCAUAUAUAUAUAUAUUCUUGAAAGCAUUCAUGCACAGCAAAACUUUUUCAAAAAGAAGGCACUUUAUAUAUGAGUGUCAGUGCAGAGUUAAAACAACAGUGCACAGCAAUGAUAUACAGGCCCUGUAUGUUUUGCUUGAUGACGACUGCGACGCACACUUAAAAAUCUCGUAUUCUUUCAGACUUGACCGCUAAUGAUUAUAUGCGUCUGAUUACUCUUGCAUUUUGCACACAGCGAGCCUUCCUCGGUGUUGCAGCGAUUGUCAGUUAAAAACAGUUUUAUUAAAGGACACCAAUCAAUCCAAUAAUUAAUCAUUGAUUGAAAAUAGCCAUAGACAUUUAAACUUUAAAAUACAGCCAUAUCUCCUGCUAUACGUUAUAGAUCAUAUUACAUAGUUAACUUAAACAGAUUUAUUCAAUACUAAAGAUUAAAGGACAUUAGAACGCAAUAGGUACGUAGGAGUUUGAAACUUUUACUGUUUCAACACCAAGAAACUUUGGCAUCUGGUGUCCCUCAUAUUGACCUCAUAGACCUCCUGUGUAAUAGCGUUGGGUUUGAUAAUCCCUCCUCUCUUUGUGGAAUGAAACUCUGUAAUUGUGCAAUGAGGUGCACGAUUCUCAACUCCAGAAGUGUGCAAUCUCUGAAAAGGGAAGUUCAUCCCGUGUUCCAGUCCAGAUGGAGGGAGGAGGAAGAUCUGACCUGCCUGCCAGGGAGGAGAGUACAAUAAAAUGAAGACUGCAAAAUUAUUGAGUGCACACAAUAAGAAUCUCUUUUAAAGACUUUUGGAGAAAAGUACUGCCUUCCUCUUUGGUCAGGUAGCAACACCCUCCCCUUCCACACUCUUCCCUGGCAGGGGGCCAGGCCCCCCAUUCAUCCUUUUCCUCCUCCCUUCCUAGGGCAGGUCCUCUCCUCCUCCAUCUGUGGAAACACAACCAGCAUCAUUACUUCUCAGGAACUCUCUUCCAGGAGCUGGAUUUGAACAGGCAUUUUCAGGGAGGAUAAGCCAUGGGAUUAGCCCACUGCAGCACCAGCUCCCACAGGAAAGCCUUAUUCCACACUGAUUAUGAGAACGGCUCCUGUUUCCUGGUGUCGAACGAGCUGCGCUUCUCCAAAGAGGUCCUCCCGCUGUACUUCAAGCACAACAACAUGGCCAGCUUCGUCCGGCAGCUCAACAUGUACGGGUUCCACAAAGUGGUUCAUGUUGACAUGGGGCUGCCCCGGGAGCAGGAGGAGGUCAUCGAGUUCCAGCACCCCCACUUCCGCUGCGGAGAGACUCAGCUGCUGAAGAGCAUCAGGAGGAAGGUAUCCAUCAGCAGGGUGGAGGAGGUCAAACUGAAGCAGCAGGAGAUGUCCAAAAUCCUGCUGGAAGUCAUGCAGGUCAAAGGUCGACAGCAAGUGGCCGAUUCCAAACUUCUGGCCAUCAAACAAGAGAAUGAAACCCUGUGGAAUGAAGUUUCCUCUCUGAGACAGAAGCACCACCAGCAACACAAAAUCACUCGCAAGGUGAGCAGCUCGGGAUCAGGGCAGCGUGAGAGCUGAGUUCUGAGAGGAGAGGUUAGAACUGCAGCCUGCAGCCUGCCCCCUGCCCUGCUCAAUAACAUCUCUGCAGCCUGCCCCCUGCCCAGCUCAAUAACAUCUCUGCAGCCUGCACCCUGCCCUGCUCAAUAACAUCUCUGCAGCCUGCCCCCUGCCCUGCUCAAUAACGUCUCUGCAGCCUGCCCCCUGCCCUGCUCAAUAACAUCUCUGCAGUCUGCACCCUGCCCUGCUCAAUAACAUCUCUGCAGCCUGCCCCCUGCUCAGCUCAAUAACAUCUCUGCAGCCUGCACCCUGCCCUGCUCAAUAACAUCUCUGCAGCCUGCCCCCUGCCCUGCUCAAUAACGUCUCUGCACCCUGCCCUGCUCAAUAACAUCUCUGCAGCCUGCCCCCUGCCCUGCUCAAUAACGUCUCUGCAGCCUGCCCCCUGC